AUGAAGUUUUUACUGCAGCAAAUAAGAAAUAUGCAUGUUAAGCCUAUAAAAAUGCGAUGGUUGACAGGUGGUGUCAAUUAUAGUUAUUUACUAAGCACUGAAGACAGGAGAAACUCAUGGCUGAUUGACCCUGCAGAACCACUUGAGGUGUCGCCAAAAUUAAGCGCCGAAGAGAAAAAAAGUAUUGAUGCUAUUGUCAAUACACAUCACCAUUAUGACCAUUCGGGGGGGAACCUAGCGCUUUAUAGUAUCUUGUGCCAAGAAAACUCAGGUCACGAUAUUAAAAUAAUUGGUGGAUCUAAGUCCUCCCCGGGUGUCACUGAAGUACCCGAUAAUUUGCAGCAGUAUCACUUGGGUAACUUAAGAGUAACAUGUAUUAGGACUCCAUGCCAUACAAAAGAUUCCAUAUGCUAUUAUAUCAAAGAUUUAGAAACAGGUGAGCAGUGCAUCUUCACAGGCGACACUUUAUUCAUUGCCGGUUGUGGGAGGUUUUUCGAGGGCACAGGAAGAGAUAUGGACAUGGCCUUAAACCAGAUAAUGUUAAGGGCUGUUGGUGAGACGAACUGGAAUAAGGUUAAAAUAUACCCUGGUCAUGAGUACACCAAAGGCAAUGUUAGCUUUAUCAGAGCAAAAAUCUAUUCCGAUAUAGGGCAGAACAAGGAGUUUGAUGCGUUGGAACAGUAUUGCAAAUCUAACGAGUGCACCACCGGUCACUUCACCCUGAGAGAUGAACUAGGUUAUAACCCAUUCAUGAGAUUGGAUGAUCGUGCCGUUAGACUAGCAGUCGGCGAUACUGCUGGGACUUAUCCCAGAUCCGUAGUGAUGCAAGAGUUAAGAAAGCUUAAAAACGCUAUGUAA